UUUCCAACUCGAGUUUGGUGGUAACCUUUCGUCCUGUUGCUUGUUUGGCUCCGUGCUGUGCGUAUUGAUCGUAGCAACCUCCCACCACGCCAGGCGACCGUCGACCACCACCUGGUAGAAGUCAGGAGGACGGCGGUACAAGGACAGAGGGCCAGACGAUGGUCCACGACAGCGUCGACCGCGCCCUGGAGGCGGCCGAGCGCGAUGCCGCUCUGCGUCCCAAUGAGUUCCACGAGCGCCGCAGCGAAGAGAUCGAGCGCAUGCCUUCCACAUCGUCGGGGUCGUCAUCCACUUCGGAGUCGUCCCACACAGGGGUCGACAUGCGCCGUGUUGAGACACAGCGGGAUCUGGAGCGCUACCAGACCGAGCUGAGUCGCAUCCACACACAACGGAGCCAGCACAGCGGGACUGUCGGGCGAGGCCCGAAGAGCAAAGAAUGGAAGAAACCGCUGCCGGCCUUCGGCGCCGGGAAGCCGUAUCCGCCGCUGUUGCCAAACCAGGAGGACUAUGUGGUCGAGUUCGACGGGCCAGACGACCCUCUGCAUUCCCAGAACUGGCCUCUCAGGAAGAAGCUGUUCACGGCUGCGAUGCUCGGCUUCACCACCAUGACGGCCUCCUUCGGCUCGAGCAUCUUCUCCUCCGCGACCGGCGCCGUCGGCGUUGAGUUCGGUGUCUCGUCCGAGGUGUCCCUCCUCGGCAUUUCGCUCUAUGUUCUAGGUUUCGCUACCGGCCCGACCUUUUGGGCGCCGCUCUCCGAGCUCAAGGGCCGUCGCCUGCCCCUCGUGGUCGCCAUGUUCGGCUUCUCCAUCUUCAACAUCAGCAACGCCGUCGCCAAGGACCUGCAGACCGUCCUCAUCACCCGCUUCUUCGCCGGCUUCUUCGGCGCCUGCCCGCUGGCCGUCGUCGCCGCCGUCUUCUCCGACAUGUUCGACAACCGCACCCGCGGCAUCGCCAUCACCGUCUUCUCCAUGACCGUCUUCACCGGCCCGCUGCUGGCCCCCUUCAUCGGCGGCUUCAUCACCACCUCGUACCUCGGCUGGCGCUGGACGUCCUACAUCGUGUCCUUCAUGGGCUUCCUGGCCUUCGCCCUCGACUUCCUCUUCUUCCAGGAGACGUACCCGCCCGCCAUCCUGGUCGCCAAGGCCGCCGAGCUGCGCCGCCGCACCCUCAACUGGGCGAUUCACGCAACACAAGAGGAGAUCGAGAUAGACUUCGGCGAGCUCGUCACCAAGAACUUCCUGCGCCCCAUGCGCCUGCUCUUCUUCGAGCCGAUCGUCACCCUGCUGUCCGUCUACAUGGCCUUCAUCUACGGCCUGCUCUACCUGUUCCUGACCGCCUACCCCUUCGUCUUCCAGGGCGUGUACCACAUGACCCCCGGCGUGGCCGGCCUCACCUUCUUUGGCAUGGUCAUCGGCCAGCUCAUCGCCGGCAUCACCGUGCUGCUGCAGCAGCCGUGGUACAUGCGGAAGCUGGCCGCGAACGGGGGCGUGCCCGUGCCCGAGUGGCGCCUGCCCAGCGUCAUCGCCGGCGGCGUGGCCUUCGCCGCGGGCCUGUUCUGGUUCGGAUGGUCCGGUUACCGGCCCGACGUCCACUGGAUCGUGCCGACGCUGUCGGGCCUGCUCACGGGCUUCGGGCUGGCCUCCAUCUUCCUGCAGGCGCUCAACUACCUGGUGGACGCGUACCUCAUGUUCGCCGCCUCCGCCAUCGCCGGCAACACCUUCCUGCGCUCGCUCGCCGGCGCCGGCUUCCCGCUCUUCUCCAAGUACAUGUUCGACGGCAUGGGCAUCCAGUGGGCCUCCACCCUGCUCGGCUGCGUCGCCGCCGCCCUCGUGCCCAUCCCCGUCGUCUUCUACCUGUACGGCCACAAGAUCCGUGCCCGCAGCGCCUACGCGCCCACCUUCCCGCCCAAGGGCGCCGCCGGGCCUGCCGCCGAGGACGCGGAGCCGCCGAGCGAGAAGGAGGUGCUCGAGCGGGGCGCGAGCGCGGGCGUGCCGCGCUUGGAUAGGGAUGCGAGAAGCGCUGUGUGAGGAUCAUAUCAUUAGGGAACGAAUAUGAGAGUGGGGGGUUAAGAGAACGGGGUGGGGGAACCUCAGAGAGAGAGAAGUUGUUUGCAUGAGGGGGCUUUGUGCGGGUUGAGUUCGAGCAACGGCGUUCAGGUUA